AUGAAACGGAUAGAUUUACUGCUGAAAAAAGGUGGGUCUUAUUCCAGUUACAAAUCACCCACUUAUGGCCUCCACCACACAUACUGUAUUUGUAUUUGCAUACAUCUCAAACGUCUUUUUUCCAAGUCUCAUCCCCCACUUAAAUAUCUUAAAAGGCACAAACAAAAUCCAUAUGAUUGCGGAUUGCCUCACUCGUUUUCACUCUCACCGGAUUUCCUUCAUAUUCCGGCCAACUUUCCGGCGAUCAUCCCUACCUCUUGCAUACCCGAUCAGAACAAGAAGUAA